GCCAUUGAAAUAAAUUUUGUUAUAUCGCGAGAUGAGAGAAAUAUAUCGCAUCCACGAUGGAAAAUGCAAUUAUUCGCGAUAACUUUAUCUUAUUAUAUUAACGACGAUACGGAAAAUGUAAUAUUCCUUUAACGUGUGGGAAUCGGCGGGAAGAAAAGAAGAAAGAGCAUGUAAGAUGAGCAAUCAGGCGUGAUUCAGCGGUCGACGAUGCGCGCCGAAAGCAUGGAGCCAAAAGCGACUUGAUCGAGAGUGGCUGAGUUGUUGUAUGGCCCUGAAUUCUGGGAAUUCAUAUUUCGCCAAUCGGGUCUUCGGUUGCCUCGCGUUGCCUGAUGAGGCCCGACCCUCAGCCUCGUCCGUGAUUUCAUUUCAUUUACAUCGCCGACGACGAUGGCCAGACCGGAGGAUCAUUUCAACAUAACUACGGUGUUACUCGAUAUUACGCACGUGCGACAGAAUUGUAUCGCGAGCGAGAAAAUUAUUGUAAUUAGAGAUCGAUUGAUCUCGACGAUAAACAGAUAAUUGUUUAAAUGUUCGUGAUAAUAAAAGUGUGAAGAAAGUUGUAUAUAUAUUUUUGAAAAUAACAAGUGAGUGCAAGUAAAAGAAGAAUCGCAUUCGCGAAAUUUUUGGAGUAAUUAUUAUGGUGCAAAAAAAAAAAACAAACAAUCGAAGUAAAAAUGUGUUACCUUAAUUCAAAUUUAAUUCAGGUGGAGACUGCCGAAAGUCUUCUUGUUGACUUUUGUUAAAUGCGACUUCGCUCGAGAAGGUCCGCCUUCUUGAUCGAUGAGUCAGUCAGUCGAUGAUACUUGUGGUCAACGACGAUUAACGGUGAGAAUUUUUCCCUCUUCGAUAUAUCACCUGAAACAAAAUGAUGAAUUACGAAAUUGCAAAUGAAAGACGCAAUUUCUGUCAUCGAGCGAUAACACAAGACUCUGUAUUGUCUGAUGCAUCUGAUUCAAGAUCGAAGUGGCAUGAUAAAAAAAAGGUAUUUUCGAAUUACAAACAAACGAUUCGUUUGACAGAACAAGCUGAUAACGAUGUCGAAGUCAUAGAACGCGUAAUCGUAUCGGAGAGCAACGAAAAAAAUGACGAUCGCUUCAACAAUGAAGAUACUGAUCGCUUGGAAUCCGAACAAAUCAUGGUGCCAUCCGAUCCAUCCGAGUGGAAUUCCAGCCACAUAGCCUCGUGGAUCUCCUGGUGCGGCCGGACAUUCUCCAUAAAACCGAUCGCUGCGUUGUUACUUCCAUCGACCGGAAAGGAAUUGCUGAAAUUGUCCCAGCGAGAUUGGCAGAAAAUCGGCGGUCUGGGAGGUCGUAUCCUGGCGCGACACUUGGGCUACCUUCAUCUACAAGCAACCGGCGUACACACUCCAGAUUUAUUGCAAGAGGACGAUGACAGUACUGAGAGGUUCAGCCUCCUACAACGGACUUGCUCCCUGAUUGGAUCGACGGCUGGAGCUGGUAGCUCGGGGGCGGUCGGAGGCGGACAGGUCCAGCUCUGGCAAUUCCUGCUGGAACUGCUCUCGGAUACGUCCAACGCGUCUUGUAUCGCGUGGGAGGGCUCGAACGGGGAAUUCAAGCUUACUGAUCCGGACGAAGUCGCACGUCGAUGGGGCGAGCGCAAGAGCAAGCCGAAUAUGAAUUACGAUAAGCUGUCACGCGCGUUAAGAUAUUACUACGACAAGAAUAUAAUGACGAAAGUUCAUGGUAAACGUUACGCUUACAAGUUCGAUUUUCAUGGUUUGAUGAUGGCUUGUCAGUCACAAGCCGGCAUUAUGACACUGGAGGCAUCAACGUCGUCGCGUUUGACAAAUAGCAACUGUCAUCCUCAUCACCAAGCUCAUCGUACUCACCGUUUAUAUUCAGUCGGGCCGUCGCCUCAACAUUCCGUACAACAAUCCUCUUCGUUGCAAUCGGGAUCAACGCCGUCCACGCAACAACUACCGCCACCGCCAGCACCACCUCCACCGCCACAUUAUUGUUGGCCGUAUCAUCGAUGUUCGCCACCGACAUAACAUAAUCGCUAUUAACGAUUACAUGGCUGGUGUCGAUUUCAAUGGACGAUGAUGAUUCGCGGUCAUCCAAUUUUUCCAUUCAUUCCUCCCUCACUGUCUCUUCUUUCAUGACGCAAAGUGCAAUAUAUCAUCGUCGAUUUCUGGAAUGAAAAAAACAUUGUUGAAAGUUGCCAGUGCGCGUGUUUCAGUGUACUUAUACUUGACAUAUUGUAUUUAAGGAGACUCGAGACUUUUAAAAUGGUUUCAAUUUUAAUGGAUUUUUAUAUCAAGUAAUUUGUGAUAGCCAAUUUACUGCAUCCAUAUUUUUUUGCUCAAAAGUCCCAAGUCUUUUCUUGGGCAAAUUAUACAUUAUGACAAUUAAUAAUAAUAUUAAAAAUCAAUAAUAAUUUCACAAACGCGAAUGCAAAAUAUUUCAAACUUUUACAUGUUGCAAGCAUAAAAUAUCAUAUCAUCUUCUAUUACUGUUUCAUGA